AUUGCGUAGUGAGGCUGAGGCGGGAGAUGCUCGGGGAAUCCGGUGUCCGCGAAAGCGGCGGGAAGUUCGGUCUGUGAAGGAGCCUCCCGCGUUGCGGUUUCAGUAAAAAUGCCUCGUGUGAAAACAUCACAACCUGCAAAAAAAGGUCCAGCUCGGAGAAAGCUAGCAGAACAGUUUGCAGUAGGGGAAGUUUUAAUUGACCUGACCAAAAAGGAAUGGAAAGUAGGACAACCUGUUGGUCAAGGUGGUUUUGGUUGCAUAUAUCUCGCUGAUACUAAUUCUUCAAAGUCGGUUGGCAGUGAUGCCCCCUGUGUUAUAAAAGUGGAACCAAGUGACAAUGGACCUCUUUUUACCGAAUUAAAGUUCUACCAGAGAGCUGCUAAACCAGAGCUAAUUCAAAAGUGGAUUCGUUCUCAUAAACUGAAGUACCUGGGUGUUCCUAAGUAUUGGGGUUCUGGACUACAUGAUAAAAAUGGAAACAGUUAUAGGUUUAUGGUAAUGGAUCGGUUUGGGAGUGAUCUUCAGAAAUUGUAUGAAGCUAAUGCCAAAAGAUUUUCACGGAAAACUGUCUUGCAGCUAGGCUUAAGAAUACUGGAUAUUCUGGAAUAUAUCCAUGAGCAUGAAUAUGUACAUGGAGAUAUCAAAGCCUCAAAUCUUCUUCUGAACUACAAGAAUCCUGACCAGGUCUAUUUAGUAGAUUACGGCCUCGCCUACCGCUACUGUCCAGAAGGAGUCCAUAAAGAAUACAAAGAAGACCCUAAAAGGUGUCAUGAUGGAACCAUUGAGUAUACAAGUAUUGAUGCACACAAGGGUGUGGCUCCAUCAAGACGGGGUGACUUGGAAAUACUGGGUUACUGCAUGAUCCAGUGGCUCAGUGGCCAUCUCCCUUGGGAGGACAAUUUGAAAGAUCCUAACUACGUCAGAGAUUCCAAAAUUAGCUACCGAGAAAAUAUUUCAAGUUUGAUGGACAAGUGUUUUCCUGAGAAAAAUAAGCCAGAUGAAAUUGCUAAGUAUAUGGAAGAAGUGAAAUUAUUGGGCUACACAGAAAAACCUCAUUAUCAGAAUUUACGAGAAAUUCUUUUGCAAGGGCUAAAGACUACAGGAAAUAAGGAUGAUGGCAAACUGGACUUGUGUAUCUUGGAAAAUGGAGGUUUGCUAACAAAAAAAGGACCAAAGAAGCGAAAGAAAGAAGUAGAGGAAAGCAUAGCAUCAGGUGCUGAAGAUAUGGAAAUUUCACAUCAAAAUAUAUCGGAGGGAUCUCAAACUCGUUCAAGAACCAGAAAGAGAGUCAAGAGAGACCUGAAGUAGAGUGAAUACAAUAAGCCCACGUACAGAAUUUGCUUCAUUUCUCCUUUUUUCAAUAAUGAUUCUUUUCUCCUUUCUCGUGUUGUGUUUAAUUUUCAUGUGCAUCUUGGGAGGAAGGGUGGUGGAAAUAUUUUUAAAUCCUUGUGUCUUUGAAGAGUGUUUAAAGAUUUUUAUUAAAAUAAAUACUUCAUAUAAUUUGUUAUGCUUUAAGUCCAAUUUAUGAAAUUUUCAAAUCAUUUUAUCAUCAUUUAAUGCAUUUUGUGACAUCCUGAAAACGUUUAAAUUUCUGAAGUUAAAUGUUAGCAGGUGUUAUUUUAAAAAAAACUGUAUAAGCAAUUUGAUGCUUUGGAGGUUAUACAAGGAAAAAUUCUCAAUAUACUUAGCUAUAUUGGAGAGAAAGUAAUAUAUUUCAUAUGCACUUAACUUUAUUUUGAUCCAGUAUAGGUUUUCCCCCCCUCCAUGGUAGAGUUAGUUAUCUGUGGAAUUUUAAGAGGGAAUUUUUCUCCCAAGUAAAGAAUUCUUAGGCUUUUGAAACAUGUGGUUUUUUUUUUACCUUGAAGUUUAUUAUAAAUUUGUACCUUUGAAAUUUAGUAAUCAGUGAAUAGGUAUUUUGUUGACAGCUUAUGAUUGUCGUUUUAAUCAUUUUUACCUUUAGUAUUGUCUUAUGUGGUAAUACACAGGCCUCUAGGUGUUAUACAACAUACCCAUCUUAGUUCAUUUAUCUUCACAAAAUCCUGGUUGAAGGGAGCAUCGAGGCAGAUAUUUGUCCAGAUUCUGUAAAAGAGAAACUGAUACAUUGCAGCGUUAAAUGAGUUGUCUGUGGUCAAUGGCAAAAGGAAACCUGUCUCCCAAACUCUAGCAUUCUAGUUUAGUUCAUCAGUUAAAAGUGCAUUUCUUUUCUUCUAAGCAACACCACCUUGCUUCAGAUAUAGCUGCAGCCUAUCAGUCAACCAAGAAAAUAGGAGAUACAGAUAGGUGUAAUAAAGGUUUCUUGCAUUUGAGGAAAAACAUGUAAUUCUAAACAUUAUUUGAUUCAUAUAUAAAUUUACUAUUGUAUCAGUAAAUAUUCAGUGAGCACCGAUAGAAUUCAGUUUCAUAAGCAAUUUAUUAAGCACUUACUAUGUGUACAACACUGUGCUAGGUGCUGGCACUGUGAAGAAUAAAAGAAAGCUCUGAUGGUAAGAGUUCUUGCCCUUGAGGAGCAUACAGUGUACUCAGGAGGAUAAGGCAGACAUCUAGCUGGUGCGGUGGAUAGAGGACUGAACCUGGAGUCAGGGAGACCUAAGUUCAAAUCCAGCGUCAGCCUCUUUAUUAGUGGUAUGACCCUGGAUAAGUCAUUUAACUUCUAUCUGCCUCUCUUUCCUCAUUUAUACAAUGAGGAUAAUGUCACCUACUUCCUAGAGUUGUUGUAAAAUGCUAUCUAAAUAUUAGCUAUUAUUACUAAUAUACAUACAGAAAGUUAAACAGCAGUCUUAGAAAAGUUGUAGUUAUAUGAUUGAGUGUUCAAUGAAUGGCAUAGGACAAAUGCUAUAGGAGUAUUUCAGUGGAGAGAACUGGGGUGAGCUGAGGAAGCUUUGUUAAGAUGUAUUUCUCCUUUGAUGAGAUAGUUUGUAAAUAGAUAUACCCUUCUAAGCCAUCUGUAUGAGAUUAUUUGCCUUUCUUAUUUUAGUGCUUAUAUAUAACUAUGCAGCUUUAUUUUUAAUGGUUCAGAAUUAAACAAUAUUGAAUAUAUAUAC